CAAGUCCUUCACCCCUCGCCGGAGUGUGUGGAGGAGUGAUGGGCAGAACCAGCGCUUCCCUCAGGCAUUAGACCUGCCACGCACGGACUUGGCUCCCCUCCAUCCUGCUUCACUCUACCCCAAGAACACAGAUCUGUUUGAGAUGAUUGAGAAGAUGCAGGGAAGCAGGAUGGAUGAACAACGAUGCUCCUUCCCACCACCCCUCAAAACGGAGGAGGACUACAUUCCCUACCCGAGCGUCCAUGAGGUCCUAGGGCGAGAAGGACCUUUCCCCCUCAUCCUGCUGCCCCAGUUCGGGGGCUACUGGAUUGAAGGCACCAACCACGAAAUCACCAGCGUCCCGGAGACAGAGCCGCUGCAGUCACCCACGACCAAGGUGAAGCUCGAGUGUAACCCCACAGCCCGCAUCUACCGGAAGCAUUUUCUUGGCAAGGAGCAUUUCAAUUACUACUCACUGGACACUGCCCUGGGCCACCUUGUCUUCUCACUCAAGUAUGAUGUCAUCGGGGACCAGGAGCACCUCCGGCUGCUGCUCAGGACCAAGUGCCGGACACACCAUGAUGUCAUCCCCAUCUCCUGCCUCACUGAGUUCCCCAAUGUGGUCCAGAUGGCAAAGCUGGUGUGUGAAGAUGUGAAUGUGGAUCGCUUUUACCCUGUGCUCUACCCCAAGGCUUCCCGCCUCAUCGUCACCUUUGACGAGCAUGUUAUCAGCAAUAACUUCAAGUUUGGAGUCAUAUAUCAGAAGCUUGGACAGACCUCCGAGGAAGAGCUCUUUAGCACCAAUGAGGAAAGCCCCGCCUUCGUGGAGUUUCUCGAAUUUCUGGGCCAGAAGGUCAAACUGCAGGACUUUAAAGGGUUCCGAGGAGGCCUGGACGUGACCCACGGGCAGACGGGGACCGAGUCUGUGUACUGCACCUUCCGCAACAAGGAGAUCAUGUUUCACGUGUCCACCAAGCUGCCCUACACAGAAGGGGACGCCCAGCAGUUACAGCGAAAGCGGCACAUCGGGAACGACAUUGUCGCUGUAGUCUUCCAGGACGAGAACACACCCUUUGUGCCUGACAUGAUUGCAUCCAACUUCCUGCAUGCCUAUGUGGUGGUACAGGCCGAGGGCGGGGGGCCUGAUGGCCCGCUCUACAAGGUCUCUGUCACUGCUAGAGAUGACGUGCCCUUCUUCGGGCCCCCCCUUCCGGACCCCGCUGUGUUCAGGAAGGGGCCUGAGUUCCAGGAAUUUUUGCUGACAAAGCUGAUCAAUGCUGAAUAUGCCUGCUACAAGGCAGAGAAGUUUGCCAAACUGGAGGAGCGGACACGGGCCGCCCUCCUGGAGACGCUCUAUGAGGAACUGCACAUCCACAGUCAGUCCAUGAUGGGCCUGGGCGGUGACGAGGACAAGAUGGAGAAUGGCGGCGGUGGCGGUGGCUUCUUCGAGUCUUUUAAGCGGGUCAUCCGGAGCCGCAGCCAGUCCAUGGACGCCAUGGGACUAAGCAACAAGAAGCCCAAUACCGUGUCGACCAGCCACAGCGGCAGCUUUGCCCCCAACAACCCCGACCUGGCCAAGGCAGCUGGAAUAUCAUUGCUUAUUCCUGGGAAAAGUGCGAGUAGAUUCGGACGCCGGGGCAGUGCCAUAGGCAUAGGAACGGUGGAAGAGGUUGUCGUCCGCGGGGCCGCCGGCUCUGGAGGCUGCGUGCACGUGCUGUUCUCUGCUCGCUCUCAGGACGGAGGCCAUAUUGGGGACGUUGCCCCUCUUUCCCCUGGGCCGGGCUCGGGGCUGUGCAGGGUGGAAUGCGGCAGCUCUGAGGGCACUCGGCACCCGCUUUGGGGCCUGUCACUGAUCGUCCCUGGAAAGAGCCCCACGAGGAAGAAGUCGGGCCCGUUUGGCUCACGCCGCAGCAGUGCCAUCGGGAUCGAGAAUAUCCAGGAGGUGCAGGAGAAAAGGGAGAGUCCCCCCGCCGGCCAGAAGACCCCAGACAGCGGGCACGCCUCACAGGAGCCCAAGUCGGAGAACUCAUCCACUCAGAGCUCCCCAGAGAUGCCCACGACCAAGAACAGAGCGGAGACGGCAGCCCAGAGAGCGGAAGUGCUGAAGGACUUCUCCCGCUCCUCGUCCAGCGCCAGCAGCUUCGCCAGCGUGGUGGAGGAGACCGAGGGCGUGGACGCGGACGACACAGGCCUGGAGAGCGUCUCGUGCUCAGGGACGCCUCACAAACGGGACUCCUUCAUCUACAGCACGUGGCUGGAGGAUAGUGUCAGCACCACGAGUGGGGGCAGCUCCCCAGGCCCCUCGCGGUCACCCCAUCCCGACGCCGGCAAGUCGGGGGACCCUGCAUGUCCCGAGAUCAAGAUCCAGCUGGAAGCAUCUGAGCAGCACACACCCCAGCUGAUGAGGCUGCAGAAGCACAAGGUGAAGAUGCUGUGUCAAGUCCAGGUGGAUAGGACCUCUGCCCCCAAGGCCAGCACCAGCCUAUGGGUUGUUGCCCCCUGCCCCCACCUUGGCCACCCAUCUGGGCUGUCUCUGCGGGGCAGAGCCAUCCAGACCUGGGGGGGAAGCUGCUGGCAUCAUCCCCACCCCUGAAGCUGGGGCAGGCCGUGGUCAGUUGAAGCAGAACGCCAGGCCUGGCUUGCCCCCACUCCGGGCCCUUCAUCACACCUGGGUGCCCCUCUGGACUCACGGGGAGCAAGAUGGGAGGGGCGGAUUGAGAUAUCUCAGUGCAUACAGAGCCUACCAUGGAGGCAGUGGGAUGUGAAAUAUGGUGGAAUGAGCACUGGGCUGGGAGUCCUGAGUCCUGGCGCCCAAUUUGGGUUCUGCUGUGUGACUUUGGGCAAGUCACUGUCCCUCUCUGGGUACCUCUGUUGCAAAUGGACAAGGUUAUUGCAGAGGUCAUUGAAGACUGUGAUUCCAUGCACCUGCCCCAGAAUGGGGGGUUUUCCUCCUAGGGGCCCCCCAUCGCCCUACCUUGCUUUUUGGGUUCCCUGGGACCCCAGGUGGGCUGAGGGACUGGGAGCUGGCUAUGCCUGUUGCCCCUCCUGGACCCUCAAGCUCUCCCACAGAUCUGCCGAUGCCCUGUCCACUGCCUCCACCUGACAGACAAGUGACCCCCUUAGGGCAAGGGGGACCUACCUGGCUUCUCAGCCAGCACCCAGCUUAACCCCUGCCAUCCCAUGCUCUGGGCACUCCAGGUCGAGGGGUCUCAGCUGGCCUAGAGUUAUGGGCCUCGCCUUUGCGCCCCCCGCCAACUCCCACGGAGGGGCAGCCAGGCACAGCUGCUGUGAGUCCACACCCUUGUGUGUGUCUGUCCACACUUUUUAGGCACCACGCCAAAGGCCAGCCUUCCGGCCCCAACACCCGUUUUGGAAGCCCCCGUGGCUG